AUGGCAUCCGGAGCGCCAGGAGGCAAUUUCAGAACAUGGACACCAACUCCACCAGAGAGAGGCUCGUUUCCACUUGAUCAUGAUGGUGAAUGCAAGGAGCAAAUGAUGAAGUACCUCAAAUGUAUGAAAUUCACCGAGAACAAGAACGCUCCAAACUGUCGGAUAUUGGCCAAAGAUUAUCUCAAGUGCAGGAUGGAUAACCAAUUAAUGGACAAAAGUGAUUGGGAUUCGCUAGGGUUGAUCAAUCUACCAGGAGAUAAAGAACAAAAGACAGAGACGAUAAAAGAAAAGAAAAGUUUAGGAAAUUAA